GCCCCUCUACAAGGUGGUAAAGGAGCUAUAUUUUUAUAACAAACAUUAACAGUUAGCUACUAUACAGUCUUUAGACAAUUUAUGACUGAAAAUAGUUUCAUUAUAUUCACAUCUACGUUUCCAAUAAUAGGAUAAACGUAACGGAGGCAUUCAACCGUUUGUUAUUUGAUUUAAGGAUCACAUAUCAGCCAGCUGGAAACCCUCAGUGAAUUGUUGCCUUUCUAUAAUGCUCUUAUUUGGCUUGAAGGUUGAAAUCCAGCCUUUAAUCCGCACUAUAGCUUUUACAAUUCCAAAUUAAACGUUUAGUUUGAGUUUUGGUAGAAAUACUGCACUUAAAUGACUGCUAUUGAUGGCGACGUGAACCUAUUAAAACAAGAUAAAUUCAUCAAAUGAAGCACUGCUUGUCAUAAUAUACACGCCGAAUUCAAGAAUGCCUUCAUUGGAUACAGAUUACAUCUUGAAAUAACAGUUGUACGCACACAGAAGUUUGUUGGACAUAAAAUAUAUAAAAUCAUCAUGGGAUUUGGCUGGAUGUUUCGUCAGGAUUAGAGAUCAUGUGCCACAGCCAAGUCAUAUCUGGAUUUGUUUGUUCCGCCACACAGUGAAUCUUCCUGACAAAUCUGCUCACACAAUGGCUUACAGAAGAGCUGUAAACCUUCUCUGGAGAGAAAGGGAGUCUGUCUUUAGCCUGUGGUUACCUCGUUUUCAAAAGUCACCAAAUGUCAUCAGGCAAACUGUCAAAUUUCAUGAACACAUUAACAACAAUCACUGUGCCAGAACAAGAUCUCUUCACACCAGUACACCUUUGAUGGUGGCCAAGCUGCUGUCGCUGGAUGAGCUGUUUGCCAAGAGGUCUCUGCAGGAACACCUGAAGAAGAUGGAGACAGAGUACAGUGAAUGUUUGAGAGUGGCCAACAACAGUGUGGCAGAGGAGCAGUGCAGUGAGGACGAACUGAGGGAGAAGAGGACCAAAGUGUCCCUGCUGGCUCCUCUCAUCCAGAGCAUCAGAGAGCUGGACACCAAACAAAAAGAGAUGGCGGAGACGGAGACGCUCCUGAAAGAUGAAGACCCAGCCCUGCGAGAGCUGGCUGAGCUGGAAAGGGAAGGAUGUUUGCAAGAUAUUCAAGAUCUCAGACAAAAGAUCCUGGAUCUGCUGAUCCCUGAGGAGGAGGCAGAUCUGAGCGACCUCGUCCUGGAGGUUACAGCUGGUGUCGGGGGUCAGGAGGCCAUGCUGUUUACGGAUGAGGUGUUCGACAUGUACCAGGGCUACGCUCACCACCGUGGCUGGUCCUUUGACAUCUUGGAGUACACAACCAGCGAAAUAGGUGGACUGCGACACGCCUCGGCCAGCGUCAGCGGCCCUCAGAGCUACAAGAGGAUGAAGUUUGAGGCCGGAGUCCAUCGAGUUCAGAGGGUUCCCAAGACUGAGAAACAGGGCAGAAUGCACACCAGCACCAUGACUGUGGCUGUGCUGCCCCAACCCACUGAGAUCUCUUUCACACUAAACCCAAAGGACCUGAAAAUAGAAACCAAGAGAGCGAGUGGAGCUGGAGGUCAACACGUGAACACCACAGACAGUGCAGUCAGAAUAGUCCAUCUGCCAACAGGCGUGGUUGCAGAGUGCCAGCAGGAACGUUCCCAAAUAAAGAACAAGGAGAAAGCCAUGAAGGCUCUGAGAGCAAAACUGUACAGCAUGAAGCUCGAGGAGGAGACCAGCAAACGCUACCAACAACGUAAAAUACAGAUUGGCACCAAAGGCAGAUCAGAGAAGAUUCGAACCUACAACUUUGCCCAGGACCGUAUAACAGACCACCGUAUCAGCAUGACGGUGCAUGACAUCAAGAGCUUCCUGCUGGGAGAGGAUCUGCUGGACGAGAUGAACUCCUCGCUACAGGAGUUCUCCAACCAGGAGACGCUUGUGGAGCUGCUGGGAGAAAACAACCAGGAGGGCUCAUGAGUUUGGAUCUCAGACACAUGGAUUUUGAUGGAAUGGAAACUUCUUGCUACUUGUUUCAGCAAAGUGUUAACGCUGUUGUGUUGGUCAUUCCUGCUCUGCUUCAGAUUCUGAAGGACAAUCAGAGGAACCAUGAUGGAUUAAAAGGGUGACCGAGUCUUAAUGCUUGUGACAAACAAAAAACAUAUAUACAUUUUAAUGUCCGUACACAUGUCCAUGAGUGACAGGCAAUGUCAGCGCAAUCAUAAAACUGGCUAAUAAAUGACUUAACUAUGGAGUGAUCAUCAGAACAUCAGUUUGUGGUCACAUUUAUUCAGCAGCAGUUCCUCUCAGAUGCAGACGCAUGUUGUGCUAUUGAGCUUUUAUUGAGUACGACAGACUUUGCAAAUGUUACUUCAACAGUAUGUCGACACCUGAACAUUACACUCAAAUGUGACUUAAACAUUUCAUUCCAAAACAAUUGGCACCAAUCUGCUGCGAUAACAACAUCCACUCCUCUAGUAAAGGAUGGGUGAUAAGGCCUGGAUUGCAGUUGGUGUUCCAACUCAUCCCAAAGUUGUUGGAUGGGGUUGAGUUACAGGCUCUGUGCAAGCCAGCCUCACCAAACUGGCAACAACUGGCCCACCAAAGGGUCCAAUCCAGCCCUCGAGAUGACUUUACACACCUCAUGUUGAUGCACAUGUGAAGUCUGAGAGGUUUCAGGAGAGAUUUAAAUAACAACGAAUACUUACUGUGGUCAUAUUUAACAUUGUCAACCAGCAGCUUCAGUACAAAAGAAUCUGUGUCAGAGUUCAAUCUUAAAAUAAUAUAGGUGGAGCCCUGCUGCUGAGGCACUGACAAAAUAGUCAGACUGUAAAUGGUUUGUAAAGCAGGGGAUGACGCAACCUGCGUCUUCAAUAGCUUCCGCUUCAGUGGAAAAUUGUGAAAUAAUCACAUAAUGAAAGUGAGUAGUCGACAGACUGACACAUAAUUUUCUGAGGACACUGUGAGCCGGUCAUCAUUUGUUUUGUACAUGGAUGAACAUUUUCAGAAUGAACUUAUUUACUCUUCAAAAAAAAGGGAAACAUUUAAAGGGAUUGGUAUUUAUAGGUUAUUAUGUAAUGGUUUUACUGGUCCGGCCCACUUGAGAUCAAACUGGGCUGUGUGCAGCCCAUGAACUAAAAUGAGUUUGACACCCCUGGUCUAGUGCGUAGGAUUUAGUGGCAUCUAGCAGUGAGGUUACAGAAGUGAAGCUUGUUCCAAGUGUGGAGGAGAACUAUGGCGGCCAAUGGAACAUGAAUGUAUAUAUCUAUAUCUUUAUAUUCAAGAGACAGUGUAUGAUUUGUCUGUUCUGGGCUGCUGUAGAAACAACAUGGCGGACUCCAUGAGAGAGGACUUGCUCCAUGUAUAGAUAUAAAUGGUUCAUUUUAAGGUAACAACAGGUGAUUAUACAAGUAUUUUAUACCUUUUGUGGUAAUAGAUGCUACUAAAUCCCACAAACUGGACCUUUCAAACCGAAGUCUAGUUUAGGACUAGAUGUUACUAUCCCUGAUGCACAUACUUGAGACUAUGAGUGGGUGUGAUAGACUGGCCGUGCACUCAACCUCCCCCUACUCCGCCAUUGUGAUGAGGGAAGAGACUUUAAUUGAGGUGGAGUUUAACUGGCACAUGCUUGUGAUUUUGGGUCGGAGUUGGAGCCAUUUAAAAGUGUCAUUGGGGUCAUUACUGGUGUUUCUAUGAUAGAAAAAAGGGGAAAGUUGAAAAAAAAAGCUUAUUUGGUUUUUAAAAUAUUAAAAAAUGGUGUUUAAACAAAAAAACAAACAAAAAAAAGCACAAGUUGACUUAUUCAAAUUGUUUGCGCAGACAACAGCCCACAGCCUGAGGGUAUUCAGUUAACAGUUGUAGAGGACCAAUAAAACCAGCAAAUAUUUACAUGUCAGAAGCAGGAACCUGUGAAUUUUUUUGCCAUUGUUGUUUAAAAAAUGA